ACGUAGGUACCUUACAAACUAAACUCUGUUUUGAAGACCACUUACUCAUUUAUAUCAAUAUCAUGUUUUAACGAACAACGAUACACAAAUACAAAGAAAUUUUUCAAACUCAAGCUCAUAUCUCAUAAUAUGCCCGCAACACUUACACAGCCUCAAACAUUUAAACAUAUACCUACCGUACCGGCAAAGUAAAUAUAAAAGAAUUCCCUAUAUCUCCUGCCUGAGUUUGAGGUAUAUUUCAGGUCUAACAAGUUCCAGAUGGUAGCGUGGCCCGUAUUUGCAAAGGGAUGCGCGCGCGCAAUUUAGUCUUUUUAGUUCGGUUCGGUGUUGAUGUUGUAUAUUGUAGGUACCUAAACGUUUAGAAGUUUUGAAUGCUUAAACCACGGAUUGGACGCGUGCGUAUAAAUUUUAGCAAUCAUAGUUAUAAUGCUUAUUUUUAGUUAAAAAACAAAGAACACAUCUGGUUAGAAUACGGCUCAAUCGUUUUAAGAGACGUAGAAUAGGGUGCAAUCGAAGUCGUUUUUAUCGUUCGAAAGGGCAGCUGCCGGUAUUUUUGUUUCCCCGUACUAGUUUGGUUAUUCCCCUUGGAAAGUGUGUGUACAAAAAAGGCAGAUGUGAAUGCCGAUACAGAGUGAAAUAGAAAUUUAAAAAAUUCUGUUUGUAGUUUAAAAAUAUUUUUAUAUUUAAAUUUAGUUUAGUGAAUAAUUCAAGUGAAGUUAUAAAGUGAGUUAAGUCCCUCUCCCCCUUGAAAAAAGCAAACCAUGAAAUAUCUUAAAGUGUGCAACAUCCUUCGGGUGUUAUUCCUUUCCCUGACUUUGUUUAUUCCUUCAAUUUUAUCAUCACCUUCAAACGGGUUUCAUGAAGGCCAUCACCAUGCCCCGACAAGCAGUAGCAGCAGUAAUCCUUCUUCUCUGUCAUCAGCGAUGCAUUAUGAUGAUUGGCGUAGGAUAGAAUCCAUGGACUCAAAUGGAUUAUACCUCUUGGAAUGGUGGAUAAGAGCAAAGGAUAUAUACUUUCGUGUUACUGUAAAUACCCAGGGGUUUAUUGGAUUGGGUUUUUCACGAAAAUCCAUACGAAUGUCUGGCUCAGAUUUGGUACUACUUUGGGUUGAUGAUCGAACUGGCAAACCAAAUGUUUUGGACUGUCAUGGACCACAGACAGGAAAUGGUGUUCCAAUUCAGGACGAUACACAAAAUUACAUUGUUGUAGAUGGAUUCCAAAAUGCUACUCAUACUCAAGUAGAGUUUUUUAGACAAAUUGAAACUUGUGAUCCGUAUGAUCUGCCUCUUGGACCGGAUACAAUAAAAGUUCUAUGGUCAUUUGGUGACAAGGAUCCAAUACAUGGCAAUCUUAAAGGACAUGGAACAAAUAGAGGAAUGAAACCUUUGCAUUUGUUGGCGCCAAUGUUCAAGAAACCAAUCAAUCGAAAUGAAUUCACAAAAUGGGAUGUUACGGUUCAAAAUGUAACAAUCGAUGCUAAUAUGGACACAUUAUACUGGUGCAAAAUCAUCGGAGCACCCAUGCUUCAGGAAAAACAUCACAUUAUUGGAUACGAAGCUCUACUGACAAGAGAAAGUUCAACGGACCAACCACUGGUUCAUCAUAUGACGCUUUUUGAGUGUUCUACUAAAUCAUACCCUGGUUCAGACCCAGCAUCGUGGGAUGUGUGGGUUAAAAGUAGCGGUGCUGUGUGCAACAGCAAUUUACUAACGCCUCGUGACUGGGAUUCAUGCAUUACUCCAGUUGCUGUUUGGUCUAUAGGAUCAACUGGUCAAUUUUUACCACAACAUGUUGGUAUACCCAUUGGUGGAAGGACUGGCCCAAAGUACUAUAUGCUUGAAAUUCACUAUGAUAAUCCCAAUGCUCAUCGAGUUGUCGACCAUUCAGGAUUUAGGAUUCAUUACACGAAUCAUUUGAGAAAGCAUGAUGGUGGAAUUAUGAUAUCAGGUGUUUCAAUUUCUGACACUCAAUUAAUUCCACCAGGACAAAAACUCUAUCGUAAUAUUGGAAUUUGUGGACCAUCUUGUUCGAAUAUUAUGUUUCCAGAAGAAGGUAUUAAAAUUAUAUCUGGAACAUUACACUCUCAUCGAGCGGGCCGUAAGAUGACUCUACGUCAUGUACGAAAUGGCAAAGAGCUGGAACGCAUUAUUGAGGAUGACAAUUAUGAUUAUAAUUACCAGCAGGUGCGUCAACUGGAAAAUGAAACUGUUGUUUUGCCGGGUGAUUACAUAAUAACGGAUUGUGCAUACGAGACAACAAAUAGAAAACGGCCAACAUUUGGAGGUUAUUCUACCAAACAAGAGAUGUGCUUGUCCUUUAUAACAUAUUAUCCCAAAAUUGAUUUAGCCGGUUGUUACAGCAUGACACCAGUCCGAGAAUUCUUUGAGACAUUUGGCGUUUAUCAAUUCUAUUCGUUGAAUAUGACGGAUGUUGAAAAUCUUUUCUUAUACAAUGGAAAUAUCCUCGACCUAUUACCAAAUACCAUAUUCCCGAAAACUCCAAGAAACAACCGUACCAAAGGAUCUACAACGUAUGCUGAUGAAGAGGAUUUGCUCUAUGAAGAAUCCUUGUUGAAUAAGUUAAUUAUUUCGGAUCCGGUUGAAUUUCAUGAUAGAACAUUUCUUUCACAUCUAAAUCAGUUGCCAUGGUCAGAACCACUAUUUACAAAGCGUGUAGAACAAAGUAUGAUAUCCGGCAAACACAUGACGUUUUGUCGAGUAUCUAAUGAAUCAAUAUCCAUUCCAUCUGAAAUUAUACGAUACCCAAAUUUUACGACAUUCGUAAAGCAGCCAAGUUUGUGUCCGUAUCAUAUGCUUAUGGAGAGUGCUCCAAUGAACUCAUUGUCUCCACCAUCCAUUUGUUGUGUGUUUGGUUGCAAAUUGCCAGUUGUAGCCUUACUGAUGUAUUAUAUGAUGCUGCUAUGGAUCUAAGGACAUAAGUCACGGCAGUUAUUUUAAUAAUAAUAAUUGAGUAAUAUAAUUUAUUUCUAUUUAUUUCAAAAUGUAUCUACAUAUUAAUUUAAGAGAAUACGAUUUGUACAUAGACAUUUAAUGCUUACAGAGAAAAAUGUUGAGUCAUAUUUUAAGAAAUAUUUAAACUUUUAAGUGCUAAGUAGUUUGUAGACUUUUUAAG